GCCUAGCUGACAGUUUAUUUCAGAACCUUCUAGGAGUCGGACACAGCGUUCAGCUUUUAGGUCAAACGAAAAGUCGCGAAAUAUGGUCCACUAAAGGAAAACCAUGAUUCAGUCGAUCGGCGAGCGAAUUUUGUGCAGAGAACUUUGUAAAUAUAACGUAGUUCCUAUAAAGUUGAUCCGAUGGUGCUCGGCCUGGAGUCGUAUCCAGGCGUUUGGUGGUUUGAAAUUAAAGUCUCUGGAAUACAGACCUAAAGCAACACUCCAUAGUGAACCGGCCCCCAAACUGAAUCACAACCAUGUCAACCAUCAUGAGAAGGAUUUUCUGAAGGCAGUUCUAACUGGAGCAAACACGUCCAGUCAAAGAGGAUAUGCUUUCAUCCAUGACACAAGUUACAUUCACUCAGCAACAGAUGACAGUGGCAGUGGAGACAAGAGUACUGAAGAUGUGUUAUUUGAUAUGUUCCGAGAUGAAGAGACUGAUUUAAUUCAUAUAGGAAAAUUUUUAUCUGCCUUGAGAAAUUCAGGACUUAGGAAGAAUGAUCCCAGGUUAGGUGAUUUUACUGACAAUUUAAGAAAAGUACACAAGGGUUCAGGAUCAGAGGGAGGUUCACCAGAGACACAGAAACUGAACAGAGAGACUUUUAAAAGUGUGGUAUCUGGUAAUCUCGUGUUAAUAUCCAGGGCGUUUCGAAACAACUUCAUUAUUCCAGAUUUUCAAGGUUUCACAAAAUACAUAGAGGAAUUUUACUGGAAGUGCAAAAGCAAUUCUGAAGGGAAAGUAGCCAGUUACAUUCCGCAGUUGGCUCGUAUGAACCCUGACUACUGGGGAGUCAGUGUCUGUACCAUUGAUGGCCAAAGAUUCUCCAUUGGCGAUGCUACCAUUCCCUUCACCCUUCAGUCUUGCAGCAAGCCGUUGACAUACGGGAUAGCUCUGGAGACCCUGGGUCAGGAAGUUGUACACCAGUUUGUUGGGCAGGAGCCCAGUGGCCGCAACUUCAAUGAGUUGGUGCUUGAUCAUAAUAAGAAGCCUCACAAUCCAAUGAUAAAUGCUGGUGCUAUUCUAGUUUGUUCCUUGUUGAAAACACUUGUAGAGGCAGAAAUGACAUUAGCGGAGAAAUUUGACUACAGCAUGAAUUAUUUCAGGAGGUUAGCGGGAGGAGAAUAUCUCGGGUUCAACAAUGCUGUAUUCCUUUCGGAAAGAGAAGCCGCAGACAGAAACUAUGCUCUUGGAUUUUAUAUGAGGGAACACAAGUGUUAUCCAGAUAGAACCAAUCUUAAGGAAUGUAUGGAUUUUUACUUUCAGUGUUGCUCAAUGGAGGCCAACUGUGAGAGCAUGUCUGUAAUGGCUGCCACACUGGCUAAUGGAGGUAUCUGCCCGAUUACGGAGGAGAAGGUGCUGAAGCCAGACUCCAUCAGAGAUGUCCUUUCUCUCAUGCACAGCUGCGGCAUGUAUGACUACUCAGGCCAAUUUGCGUUCAAGGUUGGUCUUCCUGCAAAAUCAGGAGUUAGUGGAGGGAUGUUGAUUGUGAUCCCAAAUGUUAUGGGAAUUUGCACUUGGUCUCCACCACUGGACUUCAUGGGCAAUAGCUGCAGAGGAGUCCAGUUUUGUGAGGAGCUGGUUAGAAUGUUCAACUUUCAUCGGUACGACAAUCUAAAACACGCAACAAAUAAAAAGGAUCCAAGAAGGCACAAGUACGAGACCAAGGGUCUGAGUAUAGUGAAUCUCCUCUUCUCAGCUGCGAGUGGGGACCUGGCAGCUCUUAGAAGACACAAGUUGUCCGGGAUGGAUAUGACGCUGUGUGACUAUGACGGCCGCACAGCUCUUCACCUGUGUGCGGCUGAGGGUCACUUGGACUGUGUCAUCUUCAUGUUGGAGCAGUGUGGAGUGCCUCACAACUCUAAGGACAGGUGGGGCAAUACUCCACUGAACGAAGCCAUGACGUUCGGCAGAGUCCAGGUCGUCCACUAUCUCAAGGAGUGGGCCAAGGGGCAGCCCAUAGAGGAGGAAACCGAUAAGCCGCCGAUCCAGAGUGUGGAGGCCACGUCUCCUCUGCCGUAGUGAGUGGAACAACACGACAUUAUGACAAUAACUGCAAGUCCAGCCUAGGCUACUCUCUGUACUCUUUGUUAAAUAACUGUCCUUAUCUUUGUUAUAGUUUUAAGUAUAGUGAUUUAAGGUAGUUGAAUGAUCGCAUAAUACAGAGUUGCACCUACUUUACGUGUCAUGCAACAAAACGACGAGCCUAAAUACUUAGUUGUAAGUUGAGAAACACUCACCUUCAGAGCUCUUUGUGAAACAAAUAAUGUUAUAAAUGUGUUAUCGUAAAAUAACUGAGAAAAUGGAAAGUAUAGACAAAUUGAAUUAGUGUAUUAAUGUAUGUGUCUCCUAGAGAUGAUCUUAAGUUUAUCAACUGAAAAACUUAUACACUUUAUUACUGUUUAAACCAGGAAUAAGCAAAAUUAAAUAUUAUUUACUAAAUGAUAGCAGUACAGUAAUGCAGAUCUGAUAAGUUUAAUGACUGACAGUAGAGUAGCAUGUGAAGAGCAUAUCUUUGAAUAAAUUAGGAGGAUUUACUUUCUUUGAUUAAAUCAAUAUUAGUACAAUGUUUUUAAACGGCCUUACAUAGUUAGAAAGCAAUUUUUCAUGUGCUUAAUGGAACUUUUCCUUUUCUUAACGAGGGCAUUAAGUUUAUACCAAGAAUGAUAUAGCAUAGGUACUAGCUAGGUACAACCUACUAAUAAUAUUAGUGUAUUAUUUCAUAAUCAAAUUGUUGUUUGUCCUGUUGUAUUAUAUUAUUUUGUGAAUUCAUUGCAUUAACUAUAAUUUCUCAAAGAGUUAGAAUAAGCCAAAAAAAGCAAGAAUGGGGUACAUUUCUAUGAUUUGUUUAAGAGAAUACAAGUUAAAAAACAAUAUACAUUAAUGUGUUAAUCAACAUUUAAGUUACACAAGAUUACCUUAUGUGAAAAAAUAAUUGCGAUUUUAUAGACAGAUGUGAUUUGACUAAUCUUAGAAAAUCAGAUUUUUAAUGUUUGAAUUUAAAAACAGUAAAUAAUAAUUAAUCUUAUAGAGAAUACCACAAACUGCACUCAGAUGCUUUAUAACUAAUUGUGAGUUUUUCAGUUAACAACUAAUGACAUUAAAAAUAAUAAUAUUGUAAUUUUUGAUGAGACCGGAUUAUUUUAUAUUUGCCAGCAGAAACAUCAUAUAUAAGAUUUAUAAUUGAAUUCCACCAAACCUCUACAAGUAAAACAUUAAAAUGUCACGGAAAAACAGAUUUAAGUGUAAAAUAAAUAUCUAAUAAUCAAUUAAACUACCAAAUAAACAUAUAGUUGUUGUGUGGCUUAAUUAGUGCUUUAAAGCAGUAUUAUUUAUUUGUAUGUAGUAUUAAAAGCUUAAUGUAAGUUAGGAUUAGUUGAAAAAACCAAUUCCAUGCAAUUCUGCUUUUGAAGUUUUGUUUUCUCUACCAUGUUACAAUAGUUUAGAAUUACUAUCAUACUGUUCUCGUGAAAGAAAGGAUUACUUUACAAAUCAGAGAAGGAUAAAGCAGGCUCUAAGGUCAUAUCUUUCCCCCUUAAGUUUUCUCGAAUACGUUGAAACCUGCCUUUCAAAUACCACAAUUUUGUUCAACCUUCAAGUUAUUUUAAACUUCAGAUUUCACAAAACCUUUCACUAAGAUAUCAAAGUUUGAAUUCAGUGAAAUAGUUCCAGAUAAAUUACAUCUGAUACUGAGAUGUGAAUUAUAGGUUAACUAUUUUGGCACUUCCACGUGUAUUUUUUAGUUUGUCAUUUCUUAUUAUUUAAAAUUGAGUAACCAACCGGAUACAAUAUUCCAGAUUACAAUAUUCUUUGCAUUUUUAGUUUUGUACAUCCCAGUAAUAAUAUGGAGUCAAUGAUGAAGUCAAUUUGUAUAUUGUGCAAUACUGUUCCAAAGUAUGGAUAAUGUUAAGGUGUUAUCUAGGUUGUGUAAAUUUUCUUAAGACAAUAAUAUGAUAAGACAAGUGUUAUAAUUAGUAGUGCAAGAACAACAGUUUUGUAAAACAUCAUCUUUAAAUGAUGAUGAUUUGGCAUUUUAACUGAAAUUUGAAAUUGUCUGGUACUAUAAGUAUUUUUACCACCCAAACUUAAAAAAAUUAUUAUUUUUAACUCUUUAUGUAAACACAACAUAUUUUAUUAUUUCCAUAAACUACACUGAACACAAUCAUUCUGAAACACAGUUCAUUGAUAUUUACAGUUAUACAUAACUUUUUAAUAUUGAAAAUUAUAUAUAUUUAAAAACAUCUUUUUAACAAAUUUUAAAUAAAAACUAAGUGAGGUUUAAGUGCAAGAAAGAAUUGUUGAAUGAACACACAAAAAAUACGUAUUAAGAGGAACCUCUUGUUAUUGCACCACUAUGUACUGUAAAUAUCGUAAGUUAUAAUAAGAUUGUGUAUUCAUUCUUUCUUUGAUCUAAAUUGUUGAAUUUACAAAUUUUACAUAUUGUGAAUCAGCCAACAAAAUGAAAUCAAUCAAGCUUGAACUUUUGGAAUGUUACUGUUUUAACUAGUAAUUUUGAUCCAUCAUGUUUUUUAUUUGAAUUUGACAGUUAAUUGUGUAUUACCGCAAAACCUGUCCUAUUCUAAACUCCAUUUUCACAAAUAAAAGUAAAAAAAUUAAGGUAUUCAGUUUGAGUUGGCACAUAUAAUCUGUUUUAGUUACGUUCUUUGAAUUUUGUUUAAUACUUGAUUAGUUCGUAUAAUAAAUUAUAUUAACACAUUUAUUAUGUUCGGAUACAACCACUCUACUGUAUUUAAAAAGCAAUGUACAACAUAACACUGGGCAUAAGAUAUUUACAUUUCUUCUUUAUCAAAAACUGACAGUAAAACCAUCUCAAAAUUUCAGGCUUGUUAGAAAUGGUUGACUUGCUAUCUGUUUUUAUAACAGAGAUUUAUUGUAACAAAAAGAUGUCUAUUUUAACAUAAUUUUUAUUUACUAUUGUAUAAAUCUUGUUUCUUCUGAAUAUGACUAAAUUAGUUGCUGAUUUAAGCAAUAUAAAGUAUUUUCACUUAAUAUUUUCAUUUUUAAAAUGCAAUAAUACAAAAACAACAAGGAUGAAUUAUCAAAUUUAGAAACUAUGAAAGCUCUAAGUGUAUAUUUCUUUUAGAAAUAAAAGUCAAUGUUACAAAACAA